AUGGAAGUGCAUGUUGGCUGGGCCUCAGAGACCGGCAAUACUCUGGAUCUGAUGAGAGAGUUUCUUAACCAUUGUCAGGAAGAGCAUAUAAAAGUGGCCUCAGUGCAGCAGCUAUGCAAAGAAACUGAGCUCCUCCCAGGCAUAUGGAUAUUCUUCGUAUCGACUACAGGGCAAGGAAGUCCGCCCUACCGAAUGCGUCCCUUCUGGAAGCAACUCAUGGCUAAAAAUUACAAGCUAAAAUAUCCCAUUUCGCUCGCUGUCUACUCCCUCGGGGAUAGCUCAUACGGCGAUCACUUUGGCAUGGCUGCUCGUAAGCUACGCCAACGUCUAAAAAUGCUCGGAGCGCAAGAGUUUGUAGAAAUAGCACUUGGAGACGAUAUGGAUCCACAAGGCUACAGACACGCUUAUCUAAAAACAUGGAGGACUGAAGUGACUAACUUUUUGCGACUAAAUGCAAAGAAAUUUGAAGGUGAGCCAGUACAGCUUCGCACUCCAUCACUGAGAAACUUGGAAGAUGAGUUGAGUUUGAGAUCGAAAAGGUUGAGGAGCUUUGAACAGGAAGGGAAGGAGAACUUUUUGGGCAACUCUACGUGUGUUGGGCGGGCAGGCUCGGUUGCUCACGUGAAGCUGGGUGCCUUGCUGGCCAUUGGAGUGGUCGGGAAUCUCAAGGGUGCCUUUGUUCUCCAAGUUAACGAUGCUGUAGUUUCCUUGACCGUCAGGCACGAACUGCCAUUUUUGAGGGAUGAUGGCCUUCUUGGUGUAUAUGCUCACCUUGACCCCAUCCACCUUGCUGUUGAUAACCUGGCUGCUGCCCCCAGCCACCUUAUUGGCCUUUUUGCCCCUGCUGUCCCUGCUGUCCCCAUCCUCCUUGCUGUCCUUGUUGCCCUGGCUGCCCCAUCACCAAGCCCUGCUGUCCCUGCUGGCCUUGGCCUGGUCCCUCCCUCUGCCUGCUGUCCUGCUGGCCUUGCUGACCUUGCUGUCCCCAUCCACCUGUUUGCGGCUGUUGGCCUUGCUGACCCCACCCGCCUGGCUGUCCUUGCUGCCUUGCUGCCCCAAUCCUCCUUGCUGUUGUUGGCCUGGUUGUCCCCAUCCUCCCUAUUGACCUUUUGA